AGAACAUCACUGGAAAAAUAUACAGAACAUAAAGUAUUUGUUUUGCUCCACUUAUCUUUUGGUAUGUGUUUUGUUUCAUUCCGUGGUGAAAGAACAGAGACAAUGGAGAGCGAACGGACUAGUUCUUGAUCUGUACGUCUCUUUUGCCUUCUUCUCUUCUCAUUUGUGUAUUUCAUUUGCUUUUUUAUAUUAUGUAAGAUCUGAGAAAGAAAAAAAAAGAGUGUGUGGGGAAAGAUAAAUUGAGAGGAGUAAAUUGGGGAUGGUGAGGACAUUAGGACGUAAAAUAAGCUGGCCAAGAUCUUUCAGUUUUAGAAAGAUGUUUGAUGGUCGGAACUCUGGACAUUCAUCAUUUUCUUAUCGCGGGGAUGGCAGGCAUACCCCGGAGCACGAACUUGCUGUAUGGACUCGUAGAGGCAGGCAAAACAGGACAUCAGACAUGGAAGCAAUGAAGGCAAGAUUCGCAAAACUGCUGCUUGGAGAGGACAUGUCAGGCGGUAGUGAAGGCGUGACAUCUGCGUUAGCUUUGUCAUAUGCCAUCACCAACCUCGCUGAUUCUGUGUUCGGGGAGCAGAUGAAAUUGCAGCCUAUGUAUCCGGAGACUAAAAAGAUUUGGAGGAAAGAAAUGAAUUUGUUAUUGUCUGUGGUUGAUCACAUUGUCCAGUUUGUUCCUUCUAAGCAAAUAGGCAAAAAUGGAGCAUUCACCGAGAUCAUGGUGACCAAACAAAGAGAUGAUUUGCUGAUGAACAUUCCAGCCUUACGCAAGCUUGAUUUGGUUCUUCUCGAGACUUUGGACAACUUUAAGGACCAGAAAGACUUUUGGUAUGUCCCAAGAGAUGUUGAGGAUACAUCGAACAAUGGAGACUGGAGGAGGGAUGAGAACUGGUGGUUACCAGUUGUUAAGGUUCCAUCGGAUGGAUUGUCUGAAGAAUCACGUAAACUGUUGCAAAGUCGAAAAGAUUCUGUGGCACAAGUCCUCAAAGCCGCCACAGCCAUAAAUGAUGUAGUAUUGUCUGAAAUGAACAUUCCUGACAACUACAUUGACUCCCUUCCAAAGAAUGGGAAGACAAUCCUCGGAGAUUUCCUUUACAAGAUCCUAACAGAUGAACACUUUGAUCCUGACUACUUCCUUUCUUUCUUGGAUUUGUCAACGGAACACAAAGUUCUUGAUCUAAAGAACAGGAUUGAAGCCUCCAUGGUAAUAUGGAAGAGGAAGAUGAACCAGAAAGAGAAAGACGGGAAAUCACAGUGGGGAUCCUCUGUUAGCUUGGAGAAGAGGGAGCUUUUAGAGGUCCGAGCUGAGACUGUUUUGGUUAUGCUUAAACACCAAUACCCUGGGAUCCCACAAUCUUCAUUUGAAGUCUCCAAGAUUAAAAACAACAAGGACAUUGGACAGGCGAUUUUGGAGAGCUAUUCGAGGGUUUUAGAAAAUCUUGCUUCCAAGAUCAUGUCAAGAAUAGAGGAUGUUCUUGAAGCUGAUGCGCUAGUUCAAAGACAGAUGAUGGCAGAGGCAGAGAGAAGAUCAGCUGAAAGUGAGGUGGAAUCUGAAUAUGAGGAAACCGAAAAGAUGGAGUCGGCGGAAACGCCAAACUCGAGGAAACUAUCAGAACUCAUAGGGUGGAGAUUGUCAUCAGAUACAAAGAAGCAUUGUUCGAUGAGUGAUAUAGAACUCUUCCACAAAGCUGAGCAGGAGAAGACGAUGGUGAAGUCUCCAAGAGCUUUGGAGAAGCUGAUGAUGAAGUCUCCAAGAGCUUUGGAGAAGCCGAUGAUGAAGUCUCCAAGAGCUCUACCAAAGAAACUUUCAUUUCUAGCAAAGUUAGAGAACAUGAGAAGCCCCACUGAGAGACACUAACAACCAAGUAGAGCAUAGAAGAGAGGAGAGAAAAGAGAGAGAGGACUUUGUACAUAUACAAAAAAAAUGCAGGCAUUGGCUUAGG